UAGGUACAAAAAGGGAUCAAUAAAAAUUAUUUUUAAAUUGAUUUUUUUAUUAAACUAAUGAAAUUUACUUAAAAAUAUACAACUCAGUAUUAACAUUUUUAAGUCAUCAAAAUAAUUUAUAGUAGUUAAAUGCCUCUUAAAUAUACAUGAUAUCUUCUGAAGCUAAGACUAAUACACACUCAACCAGUUUUAAAAAUCUAUUUGGAACAUUAAACAUGAUAGAAGUAGAAAAAAGCGGCUGGAGGAACCUGUGUUGUCGCAUCGGUGAGGAUGGCCCUGGAGACGGUACCGAAGGACCUGCGGCAUCUGCGGGCUUGUUUGCUGUGCUCGUUAGUCAAGACUAUAGACCAGUUUGAAUAUGAUGGGUGUGACAAUUGCGAUGCAUACCUACAAAUGAAGGGCAACAGAGAGAUGGUUUAUGACUGCACCAGCUCUUCAUUUGAUGGAAUCAAUGCGAUGAUGAGUCCAGAGGACAGCUGGGUCUCCAAGUGGCAGCGAGUCAGUAACUUUAAGCCAGGUGUAUAUGCUGUGUCCGUCACUGGUCGCCUGCCCCAAGGAAUCGUGCGGGAGCUGAAAAGUCGAGGAGUGGCCUACAAAUCCAGAGACACAGCAAUAAAGACCUAGCUAGGUGCAGGCCAUAGCAUCUUGUUCUUCACUUCUGUACUUGUUUUCUUGUGGAACUAAACCGGUGGGACCCCAAAGACUCCCCG